AUGGAGAAGCCCCUUUCCGAUGCAGAGCACGUUGAGUGCAACAAACACGGGGAGAUCUCUCCUGCAAGCGGGAAUGUCCUGAUGGAAAAUGCCAGAGAGCCGUACGGGCCGAGUGGCUUCAAAGGCGCAUUCAAGAACAAAUAUGUCACCACGUGCGCAGCGUUCGCGACACUAGGUGGUGCAAUGUUUGGCUACGAUCAGGGCGUCGUCUCGGUCACGCUCACGAUGGACCAGUUCCUGGAAAUGUUCCCAGAGGUGGCACCCGGGGCUGCUGGAGCUGGAUUUCAGAAAGGGCUGCUGACGGCCAUGAUCGAGCUUGGGGCCUUCAUUGGGGCAAUGAACCAGGGGUGGAUUGCGGAUAAGAUAUCGAGGAAGUGGUCCAUCAUGGCGGCGGUUUUGAUCUUCUUGUUUGGAUCGGCCCUGCAGACAGGAGCGAUGAGCUUUGAGAUGUUACUGGGAGCCCGGUUUGUUGGUGGUGUUGGGGUUGGAAUGCUGGCCAUGGUGGCUCCUCUUUAUAUUUCAGAGAUUGCACCGCCUGAGAUCCGUGGAACACUGUUGGUGAUGCAAGAGUUGUCGAUUGUGGUUGCAAUUGUGGCUGCUUUUUAUACAACUUAUGGAACGCGCUUCAUCGCUGGCGAAUGGUCAUGGCGUCUUCCAUUCUUGAUUCAGAUGGUUCCCGCUGUUAUCCUAGGGCUCGGCGUUCCGUUUCUUCCAUAUUCCCCUCGCUGGCUGGCUGGAAGAGGGCGCGAUGAAGCCGCGCUCAAGGCCCUCUGCAAGCUGCGUGGAGUCGACGAGACUGAUUCCCGAGUCCUGCGAGAAUGGAUCGAGAUCCGAUCAGAAGUUGCCUAUUGCAAACGGGCCAGUGCAGAGCGACAUCCACGGCUCCAGAACGGAAGCAUCUUCAGCCGGAUUAUGUUGCAUGUCUGGAGCUACCUGGACUGCUUUCGCAAGGGGUGUCUGAAGCGGACUCAUGUUGGCAUCGGACUGAUGUUCUUUCAACAAUUCGGGGGCGUCAAUGCACUCAUCUACUACUCCCCUAGCCUCUUCGAAGGCAUGGGCCUGGACUAUGAAAUGCAGCUAAACAUGUCCGGCGUCGUCAAUAUUUGCCAAAUGGUGGCCUGCUUCUGGUCCCUAUGGGGCAUGGACCGAUUCGGCCGUCGACCUUUACUAUUCGGAGGAGCAACAUGCAUGGUCAUCUCUCAUCUUAUCGUCGCUGUUCUCAUGAGCCAGUUCAAAGAUAGCUGGCCGAGCCACACACCGGAAGCCUGGACCUGCGUUGCAUUCCUCUGCUUCUUCAUGCUGACCUACGGCGCAACCUGGGGCCCUAUCCCAUGGGCGAUGCCGGCUGAAAUAUUUCCCUCCUCCCUGCGAGCAAAGGGCGUGGCCUAUUCCACCAUGUCGAACUGGCUCAACAACUUCAUUAUCGGGCUCAUUACUCCCCCGCUCGUUCAGAACACUGGCUACGGCACGUAUGUUUUCUUCUGUGUGUUCUGUACUUUGUCGCUUAUUUGGUCGUGGUUCUUUGUGCCUGAGACUAAUGGGCGAACGCUGGAGGAGAUGGAUUAUGUUUUCAACGAUAACAUCGGAGCUGAAGAGCAGGCUCAGCGCUCUCGGAUCGAAGCUGAUAUUGCAUUGGGAGUCUGGACCAACAACUCGGUAUCUGGUGUUGGGGCAUGA